GCUUCCGCAGGAAGGAGGAAGCCGCCCCUCCCGCCGGCCCUCCACCCGCCAGGUCCCCGGCGCCACCAUGUCCGCCUCGGCCGUGUUCAUCCUAGACAUCAAGGGCAAGCCCCUGAUCAGCCGAAACUACAAGGGUGAUGUGGCCAUGAGCGAGAUCGACCACUUCAUGCCUCUGCUCAUGCAGCGUGAGGAGGAGGGCGCGCUGGCCCCACUGCUGAGCCACGGCCGUGUACACUUCCUGUGGAUCAAACACAGCAACCUGUACUUGGUGGCCACCACGCUGAAGAACGCCAACGCCUCUCUGGUCUACUCCUUCCUCUACAAGACGGUGGAGGUCUUCUGUGAGUACUUCAAGGAGCUGGAGGAGGAGAGCAUCCGUGACAACUUUGUCAUCGUGUACGAGCUGCUGGACGAGCUCAUGGACUUCGGCUUCCCACAGACUACGGAUAGCAAGAUCCUGCAGGAGUACAUCACACAACAGGGCAACAAGCUGGAGACGGGCAAGUCUCGGGUGCCGCCCACUGUCACCAACGCAGUGUCUUGGCGCUCAGAGGGCCUCAAGUACAAGAAGAACGAGGUCUUCAUCGACGUCAUAGAGUCUGUCAACCUGCUGGUCAAUGCCAACGGCAGUGUCCUGCUCAGUGAGAUCGUGGGCAGCAUCAAACUUAAGGUGUUUCUGUCCGGGAUGCCAGAGCUGCGGCUGGGCCUCAACGACCGCGUGCUCUUUGAGCUCACUGGCCUUUCAGGCAGCAAGAACAAGUCCGUGGAGCUGGAGGACGUCAAGUUCCACCAGUGCGUGCGGCUGUCACGCUUCGACAACGACCGCACCAUCUCCUUCAUCCCGCCCGAUGGCGACUUUGAGCUCAUGUCCUACCGGCUCAGCACACAGGUCAAGCCGCUCAUCUGGAUUGAGUCUAUCAUCGAGAAGUUCUCCCACAGCCGAGUGGAGAUCAUGGUCAAGGCUAAGGGGCAGUUUAAGAAGCAGUCUGUGGCCAAUGGUGUGGAGAUUUCCGUGCCUGUCCCCAGUGAUGCUGAUUCCCCUCGUUUCAAGACCAGUGUGGGGAGUGCCAAGUAUGUGCCAGAGAAGAAUGUCGUUAUCUGGAGUAUUAAAUCCUUCCCGGGGGGCAAGGAGUACCUGAUGCGGGCCCACUUUGGCCUCCCCAGCGUGGAGAAGGAGGAGGUGGAUGGCCGGCCCCCCAUCGGGGUCAAGUUUGAGAUCCCCUACUUCACCGUUUCCGGCAUCCAGGUCCGAUACAUGAAGAUCAUUGAGAAGAGUGGUUACCAGGCCCUGCCCUGGGUUCGCUACAUCACCCAGAGUGGAGAUUAUCAACUUCGGACCAGCUAGAAAGGACAAGAAGUGGGGCCUGGAACUAGGAGCUCUCUCUUUCCAGACCGCAGAGUGAAGCGCAGGGAGGGCAGGGUGUGUGUGUGUGUGUGUGUGUGUGUGUGUGUCCACAUUUGUGCAGCUGCCCCUUGCCAGUUCCUUCUUCUAGCUCCAACCCCUUCCUCCCCUUCCUCCCGUCUUCUCUCCGGUGGGCUGGGAAGAUGGUCUCUGCCUCCCUCGCUCUUGGGGCUCCCCACCCCAUUUUAUAUGAAGAAAGAAGAGGGGCUUGAAGCCCCCCUCACGAGUGCCUUCCUCCAGUGACUGCCUUAGGGGGUUCAGGCCUCCUCCUUCAUGGCUGCUGAGCCCACCCCUGUUUUAGGGUGUCAGUAAAACGAUAAAUCUGGCCA